AUGGCCAGGUCCUUCCGUCUUGCGUCUACCUAUCCCCUGGGCCUUGCUGUCAAUUGCAUCAAGAUUGAAGAAGGAGCAGACAAUGGAGGAGGCCUGCAUGUUUCCAUGAACAGCCUCAUAUGGUAUCCAGUGUUCCCCUUCAACAACGGUGCUCCAGGACCCUCAGCGUCUGUACCGACCCUUCUCUCUUCUGAAGUCCUCCUCCUCCUGGGUUUCAUGCGUCUGGCACAUCACCCUCAGGUCUCUACACCAGUGUUACCUUCUUGGUGCAAUCUUCCCUGGCCACUCCACAUAAACUGGUCCCAGCCUUUCACCAUUGCUGUUAUCUAUUGCGAUACUCUGGUGGUUUCUUUGGUCACCUGA